AGUGGGUGGGCCCAGCAGGCCGUGCAGUCUUCCCGGCCGCCUCCCAGUCGGGUUGCGGCCGAGGCCGGUCCUGGCUUUGUAGCUCGCUCAAGAUGGCGGCGCAGCCACCCAGCGGGAUCCGCCUCAGCGCGCUUUGCCCGAAGUUUUUACAUACAAAUUCUACUAGUCACACUUGGCCAUUCAGUGCAGUUGCUGAAUUAAUAGACAAUGCUUACGAUCCCGAUGUGAACGCUAAACAGAUAUGGAUUGACAAAACGGUGAUAAAUGACCAUAUAUGCUUGACAUUCACUGAUAAUGGGAAUGGUAUGACUUCAGAUAAAUUACACAAAAUGCUAAGCUUUGGCUUCAGUGACAAAGUCACCAUGAAUGGUCAUGUCCCAGUUGGCUUGUAUGGGAAUGGCUUCAAGUCAGGUUCUAUGCGUUUGGGUAAAGAUGCAAUUGUAUUUACCAAAAACGGAGAAAGCAUGAGUGUGGGCUUCUUGUCUCAGACCUACUUGGAAGUCAUCAAAGCAGAACAUGUUGUUGUCCCAAUUGUGGCAUUCAACAAACACCGACAGAUGAUAAAUUUAGCAGAAUCCAAAGCAAGCCUUGCAGCAAUUCUGGAACAUUCUCUGUUUUCUACGGAACAGAAAUUACUGGCAGAACUUGAUGCUAUUAUGGGUAAGAAGGGGACAAGGAUCAUCAUUUGGAACCUUAGAAGCUACAAAAGCGCAACAGAGUUUGAUUUUGAUAAGGAUAAAUAUGACAUCAGAAUUCCUGAAGAUUUGGAUGAGACAACAGGGAAGAAGGGGUACAAGAAACAAGAAAGGAUGGACCAAAUUGCCCCUGAGAGUGACUAUUCCCUGAGGGCUUACUGCAGUAUAUUGUAUCUAAAGCCAAGAAUGCAGAUAAUAUUACGUGGACAGAAGGUGAAGACACAGCUGGUUUCAAAGAGUCUUGCCUACAUUGAACGUGAUGUUUAUCGACCCAAGUUUUUAACUAAAACAGUGAGAAUUACAUUUGGAUUCAACUGCAGAAAUAAAGACCAUUAUGGGAUAAUGAUGUAUCACAGAAAUAGACUCAUCAAAGCUUAUGAAAAAGUUGGAUGUCAGUUAAGGGCAAACAACAUGGGUGUUGGAGUGGUGGGAAUUAUAGAGUGUAAUUUCCUAAAGCCAACUCAUAAUAAACAAGAUUUUGACUAUACUAAUGAGUACAGGCUGACAAUAGCAGCACUAGGAGAAAAGCUGAAUGAUUACUGGAAUGAAAUGAAAGUCAAGAAAAAUUCAGAAUAUCCUCUAAAUUUGCCAGUUGAAGAUAUUCAGAAACGUCCUGAUCAGACAUGGGUUCAAUGUGAUUCCUGUCUAAAGUGGCGAAAAUUACCAGAUGGAAUAGAUCAACUUCCAGAAAAAUGGUAUUGCUCCAAUAACCCUGACCCACAGUUCAGAAAUUGUGAUGUUCCAGAAGAACCCGAAGAUGAAGAUGUGGUGCAUCCUACUUAUGAAAAAACCUACAAAAAGAAAGACAAGGACAAAUUCCGGAUCCGACAACCAGAAAUGAUCCCUCGGAUUAAUGCUGAACUCUUGUUUCGGACACCCACCGUGUCAAGUCAGAGCUUUUCUCCCGUGAAGGAAAGUGUUCCAAGAGGACAUCUUUCAGAAGUGGCAAAUACAUAUACAACAAGACUUCUAAACAACCAUCGAGGUUCACCCCAGUCGGAACCCGAGAGCAACAACCUGAAACGGAGACUUUCUACUCGUUCGUCAAUUCUGAACUCCAAGACUCGGAGAUUGAGUAAUCAAGCAUUUGAAAAUUCAGCUUAUAAAGAUGAUGACGAUGAAGAUGUCAUCAUCUUGGAAGAAAACAGUACUCCCAAACCUGCAGUAGAUCAUGAUAUUGAAGUGAAAUCAGAACAGAGUCACAUGGAGCACAGUGGCCUGCAGGCGGAGCCUGUGGCCGAGAAGGAGCCUUGUGGCCAGACUAGCUCAUCGGGCGCCUCGUCAUCCCGGUGUGAUCAGGGAACUACUGCGGCCACCCAGACUGAAGUCCCGGGUGUAGUUGUUAAAAAGGAGGAAACCCUUGAAGAUGACAUAGAUGCCAGAAAUGACACGGCUGCGCUGCCCUCCUGUGUGGAAGCUGAAGGCAAAACGCAGGACACCCAGGAAGCCUUUGAUAAAUCUGCCACUGAUGCUGGUUGCCAGUUAAAUGAACUGAGAAAUGAGCUGCUUCUAGUGACCCAAGAAAAAGAAAAUUAUAAGAGACAGUGGGAGGCAGACGUUCAGGUGGGCGAGGGUGAUGGUGCUGCUGAUGUGUUGAUGUCUUACCAUCUGAAAGUAGCCGUUAAGGGCCCAAACUGGGCAACUCUUCCUGCUAAUACAGGAUGACUGCAGACUGAAAAGGCACUGUUGAGAAAUGAUCUCCCGCCAUCGUCUCUUGACAUCAGUUAUAUUAUUACCUUGUUUUUUAACUUAAGUUUUUGAAGGAUUUCAGUAAACCUGUUCAUACACAUGGAGCAGAGCAGUACAGAAAAGCCUGGAGGGCUAAGGCUCAGAAGCGAUGUUUCUGGGAACCCCAGGCAUCUGUGGUGCUUGUAGAAAUGCAGAUCCUUGGACUGCAGUGUACUUUAUUUAAUUGGAAACUUUUUUUCUUAAUGUUUAUUUAUUUUCCAGAGAGAGAGAGAGAGAAUCCCAAUUAGGCUUCGUGCUGUUAGCACAGAGCCUGAUGCGGGACUUGAACUCAUGAACCGUACGAUCAUGACCUGAACCGAAAUCAAAGAGUCGGACGCUUACUGAGCCAUCCAGGCGCCCCUAAACUUUUGGAAACUUUUUUAGAAAUUUGUAAGCAAUCUCUAAGAUGGUUCUCUUGCACACUGAUCUUUGAGUAACUGAUCAUCUUUGAUCUUUUAUUUUGUAUUUACUUUUUUUUUUAACUGAUCUUUUAAACCUGUGCUUUCCAAAAUAGUAUAGGUAUAUACUACUUGAAAUUUAGCUAGUCUGAAUUGAGAUGUGCUUUAAGUAUAGAAUAAAAAAAUUUUGGGGUGCCUGGGUGGCUCAGUCGGUUGAGCGACCGACUUCGGCUCGGGUCAUGAUCUCACG